UUUUUCAAGUAUUUUCAGCUUGAAUUUUUUAUUUUCAUUUUGCUAUCACUGCAGAUCUUCAUGGUACUACAGAAUCAGUUAUCUUUGUCAAAACAUCCAGGAUCUCAUCACCGGACAUCAUUGUUUAAGCAAGGAGGAUAUCUGAUAUUAUCUGCAUUUUGAAAAGGAUGAUGGUGAGAUCGCUGAAGGUAAAAAUAAUAAGCCUUGUGCUUCUUACAUAUAUGACAACUGGUAGUGUUUCAAAAAUAUUUGGAGAUGAAGCAUGCCAGCCUGUAACUCCCGAAGGGCAUUUGAGACCAGAAGUUCCACAUGUGACGCUAACUGAAGACUAUCUAAAUGGAUUCAAUGAAAUUAUCAUAAUUGGGGACCAACAUGGAUGCUUCGAUGAAGAACAAUUGCUUAUAAACAGACAUCAACUCAAUGAUACAGUUUUAAAAAUAUUCACAGGAGAUCUUACAAGAAAAGGUAAUAAGAACCUCGAAGUUGUUCGCUUUAUCAAGAACUGCACAUCAUGCAUUAGCGUAAGAGGCAAUAACGAUGAAAAAACUCUCCUCAGAAUUUGGGCGAAACAGCAAAUGAAAGAUUACGAGUACGCGGACGAGGACAAAUGGAUGGCCAAUUUGACUGCAGAUGAAGUAAAUUGGUUGAGAAAUCUUCCAUACUCAUUCUACCUUCCUAGUAUGAAUGCCAGAGUUUGCCAUGGAGGAUUUUUACCGGGGGGUGUACCCAUUGAAGACAACCGACCUUACACAAUUAUGAAUAUUAGAACUGUUAUCGCUGAUCCAAAAUGCCCGGGAGGAUGGAGACCAACUCGAGAAGAAUUUUUAGAUUCUGUUCAAGCGCCUACUUAUCCCUGGGCUUCUCAAUGGCGUGGACCUGAGCACAUAUAUUUUGGACAUGACCAUAAAAGGCAAUUGCAACUGUAUCCAUUCGCAACGGGGGUUGAUACUGCCUGUGUUCGAGGGCACUACAUGACUGGUAUCUUCAUCAAAGGUCCCAGGAAUGGUACAUUCGCUACUCAGCCAGCUUUAAAGAAGUAUUACCAUGGAAAAGUAUAAAUACUUAUGGAUAAAUACUGCCAAUUAUUGAUGGAGCAGAUGUAUCAUCUAGAAAUGAACAAAAGGACUAUAUUUAUUAAUUUAUAUUGACAAUAGUAUAUUUUUAGCUCCUUUCUUGUUAGUUAAGGAAGGUCAGACUACUCUAUUAGCACAAAAUAUUGUUCGAUAAUCCCACGAUGUUGUUCAGUAUUCUGGAUGCCAGUCAAUCAAGGAUAGAUAUCGUUACAAUGUUGUUCGGCAUUUUGUACUAAUAGGGUAAUUUUAAAGCCCUGAAUUAAAAUUACCUAUUUGCAUUGUUUAAAAUUAUGUUUUAAACAAUGCACAAAAUAUGUGUCAAUGUUAUAACUUUUUUAUGCCAUACUUACGAAUGACAUAUGAGUGUAUUGUGAAGUUUUUUUAAUGCUGUGCGUUGAAAUUGAAUUUUAGCAAAGAUUCAAUUGACUAUGUAAUUAUAUAAAAC